AUGGAUCCCCAGAUCUCGGCCAGAUUAAACUCCAGGAAGAGGAGGAAAGAAGGAGCGGGUCCCAACGGGGCUGCCCAGACGGAUGGCAUCCCCUUGAAAGUGCCCCUGGACCGGCCCGUCAGGGUCUAUGCAGAUGGAAUUUUUGACCUUUUCCACUCUGGACACGCUCGGGCUCUGAUGCAGGCCAAAAGCCUGUUCCCCAAUACCUACCUCAUCGUUGGAGUCUGCAGCGAUGAGCUGACGCACAACUUGAAGGGCUUCACGGUGAUGAACGACGCCGAGCGCUACGACGCCGUCCAGCACUGCCGCUACGUGGACGAGGUGGUGAGGAACGCGCCCUGGACGCUCAGCCCGGAGUUCCUGGCAGAGCACAGGAUCGACUUUGUCGCCCACGAUGACAUCCCCUACUCUUCGGCCGGCAGCGACGACGUCUACAAACACAUAAAAGAAGCAGGAAUGUUUGCCCCGACGCAGAGGACCGAAGGCAUCUCCACCUCGGACAUCAUCACCCGCAUCGUCCGGGACUACGACGUCUAUGCCCGGCGGAAUCUGCAGAGGGGCUACACGGCCAAGGAACUCAACGUCAGCUUCAUCAACGUGAGUUUAGCACGCAUUCAGACGGUCGUCUCGCCUCGUCCCGAAGGAGGGAGAGAGGCUCAGGACUCCACUCAGCUAAAAAAAAAAGACGAAAUAGGGAAAGAAACAAGGAUUCUCAAAAUGCUGCAACUCUUGGAUAAAGAAAU